CGGCCGGUGUGGUGAGCUCCGGCGUCGUCACGUCUCCCUCUCACCGACUGUCUCUCUCUCACCGAUUCCCUCUAGCUCUCUCGCUCUCUCUCUCUCUCUCUCUCUCUCUCUCUCUCUCUCUCUCUCUCUCUCUCUCUCUCUCUCUCUCUCUCUCUCUUUCUCUCUCUUUCUCUCUCUACUGGGACGUCCCUCCGGCAGGGGUUGGCUAGGCCGUCGGUUCCCUUUCCUCCGGUCGGGUAUAUAUAUAAAGAAGGAGCCCUAAAUCCACAACCUACCGUCGACAGUAUUGAUGGACCAGAGACCCCCUCAUUAUGCGUAUCGGGCACCUAGCCCACCCGUGCCCCCCAUGACCACGCCCACUGUUUCGACGGCAUUGUAUUCUGCAGCGUGGCCACACCACCCAGACGGGCCUUAUAGACCAUUGUUGCCGGGUACGGUGGCCGUGCCCACGUCAGAUCACGGACAGAGCAGCACAGCUGGACCUUGCAGCUCUCCAUUGUCGGAGCUGCCGACAUUAUCUCAGAUAGGGUUCACCCAACCGGGUAACGCAUAUCGAUGGUGGCUGCGAGAAGGGAUGGGGUCACAGGGUUAUGCGCCGUACUUUCCGUAUACGUAUAGUGGACCUAUGACGUGUAACCCUGAUAGUGAGACGCAGGAUGUAGGAUUUCCACUGUCACAGACCGGGGAGAUGCAGAUGCCGGCUAUGGGGUUGGGACAGAUACCGGCACAGGCGGCGAUGCCUGGCCAGAUUUUGGGGCCGAGACAGAUGCCAGCAUCGGGGGCGAGUCAGGGCCCGGGCCCGAGACAGAUGCCAGCAUCGGGGGCGAGUCAGGGCCCGGGGCCGAGACGGAUGCCAGCAUCGGGGGCGAGUCAGGGCCCGAGGCAUGUAGAGAGCCAGAUGCCUUUAUCUGGUGAGAGCCAGAUGCCACUUUCCGGUGAGAGUCAGAUGCCACUUUCCGGUGAGAGUCAGAUGCCAGAUGUGGGGGGGAGCCAGAGUACCCAUGAGGAGGACGUUGCGAUGUUGGGUACCGAUCAGUUGGCCCCCGGUAGUCCCCAGGAUAUGGAUUCAGAUGAUGAUCAGCAGAAUCCACAAGCCGGAGGGGUUGGGGAGGAGGUUGCGGGCGACCCAGCGACCCAGCACAUACGGAUUGAGCAGAUUCGGUUGAUGGGGUACAACCCAGACGGGACCAUUUAUUAUGAGGUGAUUGACGACCCAGCGAGAAACUGGGUCCUCCCGAGGGGUAAGAAGGUUGUAUUGCAGUACAAUGCUGCUAUACAACCUGUAGGACGGGCCUGCAAUCGAUUUCGGCGGGCUGAGGGCAAGAUGAUCAGGAGUGGGUCCUACAUACACAUGCGGGACGAAUGGGCGAAGGUAAAUAGGCAGAUUAAGCAGGCAAUGUGGGACGCGUUGAUGGAGGAGUUCUAUGUACCUGUAUCAGUAGACGCGCGCAGGGCACAACAGGAGGCUUUAUGUGAUAUUGGCCGUAAGCACCGCUCGUGGAAGUCGAGGUUCAAAACCAAACUACGUAUUAGAGACGGUGACACGCCCGAGAUUAUCCGUGCGAGAAUGCCGGACAAUUUUUUUGGCAACUAUGACGCAGAAGAUGUAGAGUUCCUGCUGAGAGAUUGGUGCCGUGAGCAAAAAAUCGCAACCUCUGAACGGAUGAAGAGGCUGCGUGAGCAGAAUGACCUUCCUCAUUGUACGGGAUCUAAAAGUUAUGCCAGAUUUAAUCACGAGGAGACAUGUACAUCUGGCACGCCCCCCACUCGCGCCGCGUCGUUCGUGAAGACCCACACAAGGAAGGACGGCACUCACGUGAACGAACGUACACGGGUCCUAUGCGAGAGGAUGACGCAGAGUUUAUCCAGUGAUCCAGCCGCCACGCAAAGCGUCUCCGCAGACACGGUGCGUUGGGCACCGAACGACGCUUACGAACAGGCGGUUGGGAGGCCUGAGUAUGCAGGGAGGGUUCGGCAGGUUGGGCCGAACGUCACACCUGUUCGGGGGACAUGUUUCUCAUAUAGGCCUCGGUCACAAGGGGGACCAUCUCAGGGCACGUCUCGGGAUUGGGCCGAAAACACUCGGAAGAUGGAAGAGAUGCAAGCGGAGCUACAGGCUGAGCGAGCGAGGAAUGACCUGUUGGAGCAGCGCCUGCGACAGGUUGAGGUCUUCAUGUCCUCCAUGGGAGCAUCAGCACCAUGUCUUGGUACGCCUUCACCUGCACACGUAGGUAGUACGUCGUCUGUUAGUAGUGCAUCUGCAGGUAAUUCGACAACGGUUGGUACGUUGUCGCCUGUUGGACGACGGCUGACCCAGCAUUCCAUUGUCGCUACACCUUCGCCCGCUACACCAUUCCUUGCUCAGCAAUCGCCGGUUGGCGAUAACACGCCUGGGACGGUACCUCCUCAUUCGCAGGGACGCCCUUCAGAUUUGUAGAUAUUUUGUGUAAUUAAUUUUUAUGUGUAAAUAUUUGCUUAGUUAACGAAUACGUUAUUAACUUAUGAUUUGUGUAAUAUUAUUUUGUGUAGUUUUUCUGUAAAAUCAAUAUUUUGUUAUUUGUG